AUGCUGGGCUGUACACAUGUCAGGGAGUGCUAAACUCUUCAGGAGUUGACGAUGGCCCCAUUACCAUCUCAUCAUCACCUGUCCCUGUCAUUGUGCAGUUGCCAGAUCCAAAUGUGACAUUGAGGACUCCUAGUGGUCCACUAUACCAGGGAACCACUCAGACCCUCAACUGUACUGUCACUCUACCCUCAUCGGUGGAUACUGAUGUCAACAUCACUGUACACUGGUCACCAGACUCCUUCACUGAGAGAGUUACAAUAACCCGUCCUUCCACUAUGAUGUCUCCAUUCAUCUCAACACUCACCAUUAGUCCACUAGCCAUGACUGAUGCUGGCCAGUACUCCUGUGAGGCCAUUGCCAGCUCUUCAUCUGAGUACAUUUAUCCCAGCACCCAAGCCACAGUCAAGAGAUGAUCCUUUCAGUCACAGGUAAAUAUUUCGCUAUACAUAAUCAAUGCUGUUUCUUAUCUCCUCACAGCUCUACCCCCUCCAAAUGUCACCAUAACAUUCCCAAUUACCGAGGUACCCACUGCUGGCCAAAGCUACACACUAAACUGUUCAGCAACAGUAGUGGAUGGUUUGGUGGUGCAGCCUGACAUGAAGAUAGUGUUUCCCAACUCAACUGCUGUAGCACUCAGCAACACUAGUUCAGUGGUACACACAUUCUCUCCACUAAGAACAUCUGAUGGAGGCCAGUACAACUGUACAGCCACACUCAACAUCCCCCAGGCUCAAAUAAGAGACUUACAAUCUUCUGUAGUGACGAAUAUAAUCGUAGCAGUUCCCAAGCCAAACGUAACAAUCUCUGGGAAUAUUUCUCUCGCUGAACUCUAUUCUGCGACAGUCUUCACUCUCACAUGCAGAGUCGAGGUUCCACCUGAAGUUGAUACCACAGUGACUGUCUUGACCACAUGGAGUAAAGACGGAUAUGACAUCAACGACAACAGUAGGAGUCGUAUCGCAGCGGAUGGUAUAGCUAUCCAAAACAGCUCUGUCAUUCACGUCUAUGAGAGUGCAUUGGUGUUCAGUCCUUUGAGUAACAUGGAUACUGGAAGAGACAGUGGUAGCUACAAAUGCUUAGUAAAGAUAAAAGACGGCCAGUUUAUCUCCGGCAUCACAGCCAAUGCGACACAAACUAUAACAGUACAAGACCUGAGGCCUCCAAUAGUGAAUGUGAGGCCUCUUGGCAGCUCAACUGCUGGGGAGACGUACUCUCUCCAGUGUUCCGUGGAGACAGUAGAGGGAGUGAGGUCUAGGGACAUCUCCAUCUCGUGGACCACACCUAACGGAACCACAGUGAUGUCUAAGAACAUGACAACCACCGGCAGAGUUGCGAGAGGGAGUCUGAUUUUCUCUCGUCUCACCACCUCACAUAGUGGACAGUACAUCUGUACUGGUAGAAUAUCAGCUGAGACUGUUGGAGUCAACAUCAGCGAGAGUUUCAGUUUCACUGUUAAUGUCUCAAUCCCAGCUCCCAAUGUGUCACUAAGUGAUGGUAAAAACAGUGGAGCAGUAAUCCAGGGAACAGCGCUGGUCCUUUCAUGCUCUGUCCUAGUCCACAAUGCAGUCAAUACUGACUUUACUGUCAACAUCACAUGGAGCAGUGAUCCUAUUGGGGCCCUAAAUGGGCAACGAGCCACGGUAUCUGAAACCAAAGGCUCUGGGCAGCAGUAUGGCAGCUCAGCGACAAUUCGCCCUGUCAAUACUUCUGAUUCUGCCAAUUUCACUUGCACAGCGAGUAUACUACCUAAUGAAAUCUCUUCUGUCAUUGCCAGUAAUGAGAGCAAACACACAGUAGAUAUAGCCGUACAGAAACUGACAAAGCCUGUUGUAGCAAACGAUACAAUUAGCUCAGUUGCUGGCCAGUCCUUCUCAGUAGACUGCAACUUUAGUGUAACUCCUAACCUUGUUGGCUCUCUCACUGCACACUGGUUGAACUCCAGUGACUCGCUAGUCUCCGAAAACAGCAAACUAUCGUUUCCUCGUCUCCUGAUGUCUCAUGGAGGAGACUACAUGUGUGUGGUCACCAUUUCCAUACUCAAACUCAACCUCUCACUCACUGGAACUGCAAAAACUACCAUCAUAGUCCAGAUACCAGCUCCUUCAGUUGUCAUUGAGAGGGUUGGUGACCCAUUUAAUGGGUCAGUGUUCACACUCUCGUGUAUUGUGACAGUGAGUCAAAGUGUAGACACUAACAUCAGUAUCUCUACCCAAUGGGGUCUACCUGUGGCGGACAAACAACCUGAAACCAUCUCCAAUGUGACCAAGAGAGUAGCUGAACUGGUGGGGCAUCACAAUCUCACCUUCAACCCGCUACGCAGUCGAGACAGUGGGCAAUAUGAAUGCAACGCUACAAUCAGCCCUGGACAUGGUGACACUGUUGCACAAAACACUGCUGUAAAACAUUACCAUCUCACCGUUCAAAAGCUACCACCACCCAAAGUUUUAAUUGCCAUUAGCUCUACUGCUGGUCUGGGAACAGAGGAAUGUCUCGGACUAGUUCUAGAGACGGCAUCUGACUCAAUAGUCUGCCAGGCUGGAGUGAUAGCUAAUCUAUUCAACAAUCCGAACAUCUCUCUCUGGAGAGAUGGAAUUCUACUCCAUUCAAACUCAGCUCUCAACUUAAAUUACACUCUGCCCCAUAAUGAGUCAUUGGUAGGAGAAUAUAACUGCAGCGUCUGUAUUAGCAUCCCAGAGUCUGGCAUAGAAGACUAUUGCAGCAACGAUACACUUGCAACAAGCCACAAGAAGCCUGAACCAGUAGUAGCUCUAAUAACAAGUACUCAUAAUGACUCCCGACUGACUAUGAACUGGAGUCACUCCAGUGACUAUUACUCGGUGGUGAGGUACAUUGUGAACGUGAGGCAAUACGUAGCCGACGGACCAGGAAAGGUGAUGAUACAAACAGUUAGAGGCUACCCGAGGGAGCUAUCAGGGGGACAGCUUAGCCACACAGUUGGAGAUCUGAAGCCAGAGGUUCCAUACGAUGUUGAGUUGGUAGCUGGCAAUGGAGUUGGAUGUGGAAAAACGAAAAGAUCUGACCUAACAUUCACAAGAGAAGGAGCCCCAAAGAUCGCUCCUGGUGAUGUGGAGGUAGAAUGGCUACCCAACGACACUGCCAUGAAUGUUUCAUUCACAAGACUAACUAUUGUCGAGGCCAACAGUAUUCACAUAAACUACUUCAUCAGAUACUCCUCCUCUCCCCUGGUGAAGAGAGAUGUCGAUAACAAAACUGUGAAGAUGAAUGAUGGCAGUACAACAGUGAUAGGAGGUCUGGAUCCAUACUUAGACUACCAUGUGGUAGUAGAUGCCACCAACAGUCAUGGAACAAAGUCUUCCUCUCCAUAUCUACUGCAUGCAGCACUCUCAGAAGACCAGAGAGAAAGAGACAGUACUGGAAUAGUUGCUGGAAUCAUUGCGGUGAUACUUAUUAUUCUGCUAGUUGUACUUGUGGUAGGCAUUCUCAUAUUCCGGUGGAGAAAAAGGUCUGCUGUGAAACCUAAGCCUUUGUUGAGUGGCAAAAGUGGACUGUACACUGUCCGUCCAAUGAAAGAUUCAGAGGUGAUUGAGCUUGAUAGUAAGGUGUUCCCCACCAGCCAGCCUCCACCAUCAUAUCCUGUUCAAGCUGAGACUGACACACCAAAAUCCGAGAACCCAGCAAGAAUGGUAGCCAUUCCGGUAGAAGACUUCAAACAACACUGCAUCGACUACCACAAGUCGGGAGAUGCCGGGUUUGAAGAAGAAUAUGAGUCCCUGGCUGUUGGUCCACUCGCAGUUCACCAAGUGUCACAGAUGCUCUGCAACAAGCAGAAGAACAGAUUUGCAAACAUUUAUCCAUACGAUGAUUCUCGAGUUGUGCUGGAAGAGAUUCCUGGGGUUUUAGGAUCAGACUAUAUCAAUGCUUCCUGGAUCAAUGGCUACAAGCAUCCUAAUGCGUACAUAGCAUCCCAAGGACCAAAGAUGUCGACAGUAGGAGAUUUUUGGAGGAUGGUAUGGCAGUACAAGGUGGACCACAUUGUGAUGGUGACUGGACUAUGUGAAGGAGGAAGAACAAAGUGUGAGAGGUACUGGAGUGAGGAGGUGGGUGGAACAGUGGAAGUGGAGGAGGCAAACCUCAAGGCCACUACCACCAGUAUCACAACCCACAGGGACUUUGUCGUCAGAACCAUGACUUUGAAGAAAACAACUCAGUCAGAUGAACAACCGCUGGCCGUGACUCAGCACCACUUCACUUCCUGGCCAGAUCACGGAGUGCCCAGAUUUGCCACCUCCUUCAUUUCAUUCCUACGGAGAGUCCAGAAGGCUCACAACAAGGACAGUGGUGUUCCUCUUGUGGUGCACUGCAGUGCAGGGGUGGGGAGAACUGGCACCUUUAUCCUCUUGGACUCCAUGCUCGAGCGAAUCAAGGAACAAAACAGCAUCAAUGUGUACGAGUUACUUGUUAGUCUCUGUGAGAGAAGAGUUCUCAUGGUCCAGACCCUGGAGCAGUAUGUGUUUGUCCAUGAUACACUGUGUGAGGUAAUCCAGUGUGGAGACACAGAGAUAUCAGCCUCCAGACUGAACGCUGCUGUGGAAGUCAUGGCCCAGAGCUUGCCUGGAGAGACUUUCACUGGAUUCCAGCAGCAGUUUCAACUGCUGGAACAUGUGAGUCGCAAGCCAAUGGAGCAAGAUUUUGUCAAAGCACAUGAACAUCCUUCAAAGAACCGCUACCCUGACCGCCUUCCUUAUGUGGAGUUCAUGCCAUGCCUGAAACCAAUUGAAAAAGAAGACUGCUACAUCAAUGCAAGUUUUAUCGAUGGAUAUAAGCACCACAGGGCCUACAUCGCGACACAGGCUCCAUUGCAGAGCACGGUGGGAGACAUGUGGAGAAUGAUGUGGGAGGUGAAGAGCAACGUUAUGGUGCUGCUGUGUGCCUUCGCAGAGGAUGGCCACGAGGCUUGUCAUCCAUUUUGGCCCAAUAACGAGGGGGACACUGCGUGGUAUGGGAGGGUGACUGUCACUCUCCAGUCAGAGAUCCUUAUGGGGAACUUUGUCUCACGAACACUACUGCUGGAGGGAGACCAGGUGGUUGGUCAAGAGGGAGAAGGAAGAGUGGUGACCCAGUUCCACAUGACAGACUGGCCAGAGCACAGCCAACCAGUCUCCACUGCCUCAGUCCUGGAGCUGUUGGAUGUGGUCACAAAUGCCCAGAUGAACUCUGGAACUAGACCCAUCACUGUCCUUUGCAAUGAUGGAGUGGGUCGAACUGGAACCUUCAUCUGUCUCCACUCUCAGUUGGAGAGACUCAAGACAGAGGGUGUGGUGGACUUCUUUCAGGCUGUCAAGUCUGCUCGCAUCCACAGAGCAGGACUUGUCCAAAAUGCUGAGCAGUACGCUUAUUGCCACGAGGUUUUGGCUGACUUUGUAAACGGCUACGACAACUAUGCUAACUUCAAAGAACUUGUGUAGAUCGUGUGUCCAGUGACACUUUGCACAUAAUACAUAGGUUGUGUAGACGACUGUAGGUAUGCUACUGACAGUUCUUAGUUUUUGAGAGUAAGUGUGUGUAUUAGUGAUUUUUCAGCUAUAAUAUAGCAGCAGUUAUUAUGUGUAUGACUGUACAUUGUGCAUGGUGGGAUUGUCGGUGCUCUGGCCCCGAAGGCUUCUCACAUCAAGUGGUUUGAAUCCUUAUAUUA